UCACAAAUAUACAAAUUACACAUCUUUUGAAAGUUUAAUCACCAAGUCCAUCUCCUCAUUAUUUUCAAACAAGUCCACUUGACCAUGGCAUUCAAAGGAAUUGAGAUGGUUCUAGCCCUGGUCCUUGGGUCCAUGCUAUUGAGUGGAGCCAUGGCUCAGUUAAGCUGCACCAGCACAAUCACAAGCCUGGCUCCAUGCCUCAACUUCGUUACUGGAAGCUCAGCAAACCCUUCAUCUUCUUGCUGCUCACAGCUCUCUAAUGUUGUCCAGUCAUCACCUCAGUGCCUUUGCUCUUUGGUCAACGGUGCAAGCUCAUUGGGCAUCACCAUAAACCAAACACUUGCUUUGUCAUUGCCCGGUGCUUGCAAAGUGCAAACUCCUCCCCCUAGCCGAUGUCAAGGUGCCAAUGGACCUUCAACUUCUUCAGGUGCCAAUGGACCUUCAACUUCAUCAUCAACUCCUCCAGCAAGUUCGCCAGCAGCUUCCUCCAAUGAAACACCUUCAGAAGCUUCUACUCCUGAAGCAUCCAUUUCGCCAUCAGCCUCGGACAUUCCUUCAUCUUCAGGAGGAGGUUCAAAAACAGUCCCAUCCUCAAACGGUAACACAUCCAACGGAAGCACCAGCAGAGCACCUCUUCACUUUGUGCUCUUCCUCUUUUUUGUUAUGUCAUGUGCUUCUUCUCUCUCCAAAUUUUGAGUCUUCUUCCCUGCAGAGGUUUAAAUGUGAGUUUUCUAAACUUUCGAAUAUCCCAUGAGAAGUAGUUUUUCGCCACAACCGCCCCUCCUUUUCUUAUUCUUCUUGCCGUCGUCGACUUUGAGCUUUAGGAGGCCACAUAAUCCCAGAGCACACCAAACUUAAUCAGGGUGGUUGGCCUGCCUUCACUGGACGGUCGCAUUAAGCAUCAUACACAUGGGUUAUCCAGAGACACAUUUUUUAUACACUUUUUUAUGAGACUUACUACAUUAUGUAUUUUAAUGAUCUAAUCAUCUAUUUAUUAGGUAUUCUCUCAAA